AAUUGCAUCCAAUUCCAACCCAAAAAGAAUAUGUAAACAUAGACGAAAGCCGCAACAGCAUGAGGCUGUGCAGGGGUGCUAUGAGCAGGAGUGGAGGACCAGAAUAAUUAUUGAAAAUAGCAACUGAACCUAUUCCCACUCGAUAAAUUACUGUCUGAAAUUUCUAAAUUGUUUCUGAAAUAUUAUAUAUUUGAAAUGCCACUAGUUAUUGUUACUGGUAUUCCAGCUUCUGGUAAAACUAUCUGGUCUAAAAAAAUAGAAGAAUUCGUUUCAAGUCUGAAUAGAGACGUUACGAUAGUUUCUGAACAUGAAUACAUUUCAGAUAAAAAUGAAACACACAAUAACAGCAAUGCUGAAAAGACUGCUCGUGCAAGUUUGAAAUCUUCUGUGCUACGUUCAAUUGACAAUCAUACAGUUGUUGUGGUUGAUGCUUCCAACUACAUCAAAGGUUUCAGGUAUGAGCUGUACUGCGUGAGCAAGCAGCAUAGCACCGCCCACUGUGUUGUGCAGUGCAUGGUAUCACCAGAGCAAGCCUGGCAGUGGAACCUGACCCAAGCUUCUGCUCAGCAGUAUGACAAAGAAACAUUUGAUGCACUCGUCUUCAGAUAUGAAGCUCCUGACAGCAGAAAUAGAUGGGAUUCUCCAUUGUUUGCUGCACGGCCUGAUCAAGAGUUUGACUGGAAUGGUCUGAAGGAGGCGCUGUUCAGUGGCCGGGCUGUCAAACCGCACCAAGCCACUCAGCUGCAACCUCUUACUGACAGUAACUUCCUCCAUUGUCUGGACCGCCUCACCCAAGAGGUGGUGGCUUCUAUAGUGGACGUACAAAAGACCGAAGCGAUCGGAGAGAUCGUUGUACCGCGCUCCCGCCAUCGUUUUAUUGCUUGUAGGAAGGUAAGCUUGGCCGAGCUGAGCAGAGCUCGGCGGCAGUUUAUUGCAUACAGCAAAACUCGCUCUAUGAGCAGUGAAGAGGAAAUAAUUUCUUCUUUUGUGAGUUAUCUCAACACAAUAAUCCAAUAAAUAUUUGGUGAAAAUUCAUCUUUAUCACCUUCCCCCAAGGAAAAAUCGAGUUUGAAAUUUAACAUUAGGUUGACGUCCUCAAUAAACAUCAGAUUAGCGCGAGCCUCGAAUUAUUAGGCACCGACUGAAAGGUAGGCAUCUAAGCAAUUUCACUAAUUGAAUAAAUCAUUAUCGAUUUUUUUUUUUCAAGUGUUUUUAAGAGAAAGACAUCGUACAAAACUCGUAUAAAAUGUUGCGGAAAACAUUCAAAAAGGUGUUGCGAUCCAUGUUCAAGGUUCCAAUGAUCAUAGACUUGAUUUGCCACGUUUAAGUUCUUGAAAACAUAUCAGUGUCGAAUAAAAGUGGCAGAAGUUUAGGAAUCGUUUUCUGUUCCGUAAAAAAACGUUGGGAUAAGUGAGUAGAGGCUCGGUAAUGACUAUUUAUUUGGCUGAAAAGCUUCAGGGGAUGCAUACACACUUAGAGAGCGCGGGAGUGCGGGUACGUCCACAGAGAACGCUACUUUUAGCGGCAUCUCCCUACAGCACCCAGUUCAGAUUUCAUGUCCGCGAAUGCCUUAAAAAAUAAUAUUUACGAGAAGUAUCUACGGUCCUACCUAUCCACCAGUGAUGAACUGUAUUUUACAGCUCUAGCCAAGAAAACUAAGAAAUGUUAAUCUCGAAAUAUAAUUCAAAUGUGAGCGGCAUUAUCAAGUGAAAUUGCAACUAAAUACAAAAUUUAUUUCAA